UAAACACGAACAUCAACGAUAUCACGAAGGGCCUGCUGCUCGACUUAUCGAUUUGUAACAUUAGGCGGAACACGGGACCAUCUUCAUCAAUACGUUUGACCUUGACUGUUCAACAUAUCGCCAGAGUCGAAAGUUUUCCAUCUCGAGCCUGGUCCUGGUUGCGGUUCUAGCAGUAAAGCUCACUUAUCCGCAGCCACAGGAUGGCUAGGCACGGGGACACUCGCUCACCAUCACCUGUAGGCAGUUCAUAUUCCUCGUCAAAACGCAGUCGAAGAGAGGAGGAUCGAUAUGAGAAGAGUCGACGAGACGAUGACCGUGGCCAUCGUCGGAGGCACUCUAGAUCUAAGAGUCCUGAUCGCCGACAUCGUGAUCGUGACCGAGAUCGGGACCGAGCCCGCGAUCGAGAUGGUGAUGGGUAUCGAAGGAGAGAUCGCUCGGUAGACCGACGCUACGAUGCUCGGAGAGACCAAGACUACCACUACUCUAGACGAGAAAGAUCGCGAGACCGAAGACGUUCAAGAGAUCGCGAUGAGCGACGGCGAAGCCGGGAUCGAGAUACCCGUCCUAGAGGAGAUGACUCAAGAGACAAGGAUCGGCGGCUGAGAGACGAGUCCACCGAAUCACGGAAACGAAAACGGGAGGAUAGUCGAGAGCGCCAGACAAAGCGUGAUGCGAACAACGUCUCUAAAGAGACUUCCAAGCCCUCCACACCAACUGCUCCGAAUGCAGACGAGCAGAAAGCUGCCCGACUUGCAAAACUCGAGCAAUGGAAAAAGAAGCAAGCCGAAGAGCAAGCCAAGAAGCAGAAGGAGCUCGAGGCUGCAGGUGGCGCACGAAGUAUCCUGAACGAGAUUGACAGAAGAGCAGGCAUAUCACCCGCCACCAGUACUCCUCAAUCACCAGUAGCGCCGAUGACGCCGGCAACGCCAGCUUCACCGUCCGUAGCUCCCGCUCCAUAUACAGGCAAGUUCGAUCCCAAGGCCAUAGCGAAGAAAGCGCAGCACACAUCUGCAGCAGGCAAAGUUCUUGGAGCCGACAUUGCUGCACCAGCUCUCACCCACGCCCACGCAUUAGCCAAGGACUCUUCACAGACGUCCCCGGAAACACCUGCAAAUGGUGUCUCCGUCGCCAAACCCCUGAAAGCCAAGGGUAACCUGGGGAAGUUUGGGCUCGGCAGUAAGGCUGGUCUCGACAGUGAUGUGUCCAAAAGAGCACUGGACUUUGAAGAUGAUGAAGGGACGAAGAAGAAGCUUGAGAAGUUGCCGAACAUUGCUCUGGAACAGAAAGCUGACCUUGACGACGAACAAACUAAUGGAGUCGAAGACGAAGAUGACAAUGACAAUGAUGUCGAUAUGCAGGACGAGGGCUCAGAAGAGGCCCUGGCUGCGGCUCGUAAGGCUGCGGAGAAGCGAAGUCAAGCCGAGCGUGGUGAAGAUACGAGCAUGACCGAUGCACCUUCUGCCGUGGAUGUCACCAACGGUCAGGACGAGGAGGUAGAGGAAGUCGACCCCCUAGACGCGUUCAUGCAAGACUUAGAACCUACCCAGCCCAAGAAAUCCUUUGGUCAAAAAUCAAAGGCCAAGUCUCGACAGCAAGAGCCAGAAGCUCUCUUUGGCGAUGAUGAGAUCGAUAUAACGGCGGUCGAUGAUGAAAAUCCUGACAACAUUCUCUCGUUAGCCUCCAACGCUGCGAAAAAGAAGAAGAAAGACAUCCCAGUUGUGAACCAUGCGAAGAUGCAGUAUCAGCCUUUCAGACGCAAUUUUUACUCCGAGCCUGUGGAUACGGCUGGGUGGACUGAGGAAGAGAUCGCAAAUCUACGGAUGGAGCUUGACAAUAUCAAGGUCCGAGGUGUCGACGUUCCCAAGCCAGUCCAGAAUUGGGCUCAAUGUGGCCUUGGUGUUCAAGUGCUCGAAGUCAUUCAGAAAUUGGGCUAUGAUGCGCCGACGAGCAUCCAGGCCCAAGCUAUUCCUGCUAUCAUGUCUGGUCGAGAUGUCAUUGGUGUUGCGAAGACCGGAUCCGGCAAGACUGUUGCGUUCCUGUUGCCCAUGUUUCGCCACAUCAAGGAUCAGCGUCCUCUAGAUACGCUUGACGGACCAAUUGGGCUUGUUCUAAGUCCGACAAGAGAGCUUGCUACCCAGAUUCACAAGGAAUGUAAACCCUUUCUCAAGGCACUGGGCCUUAGGGCGGUCUGCGCCUACGGUGGUGCGCCCAUCAAAGAUCAGAUCGCGGAUCUGAAAAGAGGUGCGGAGAUUGUCGUUUGUACACCUGGCAGAAUGAUUGAUUUACUCGCCGCCAACAGUGGGCGUGUAACUAACCUGAGGCGGGUGACUUACGUUGUUCUGGACGAAGCUGACAGAAUGUUCGAUAUGGGUUUUGAACCUCAAGUUAUGAAAAUUCUGUCCAAUAUUCGACCAGACCGGCAAACGGUAUUGUUUUCCGCUACCUUUCCUCGAGCGAUGGAAGCGCUCGCGAGGAAGACCCUUGCAAAACCCGUCGAAAUCGUUGUUGGUGGUCGCAGUGUGGUCGCCCCGGAAAUCACCCAAGUCGUCGAGGUUCGUGAGGACAGCACGAAGUUUAUGCGACUGCUUGAACUUCUUGGCAAGCUGUACGAAGAGGACAAGAACGAAGACGACCGAGCUCUAAUAUUCGUUGAUCGACAGGAGUCUGCUGACAGUUUACUUCGAGAUCUCAUGAAGAAGGGAUACCCAUGUAUGUCCAUACAUGGCGGCAAGGAUCAAAUCGAUCGAGAUUCUACCAUCGAUGACUUCAAAGCUGGUAUUGUACCAAUUCUUAUCGCUACAUCCGUCGCUGCGCGUGGUCUCGAUGUUAAGCAGUUGAAGCUUGUGGUCAACUACGAUGCGCCAAAUCAUUUGGAGGAUUAUGUGCAUCGCGCGGGCCGAACAGGCAGAGCAGGGAAUACCGGUACUGCGGUCACCUUCUUGACAGAGGAACAAGACCGCUAUGCCGUCGACAUUGCUAAGGCCUUGAGACAAAGCAGCCAGCCGGUUCCCGAAGCAGUACAGAAACUUGUUGACUCUUUCAUGGAAAAGGUCAAAGCCGGCAAAGAAAAAGCUGGAGCUUCUGGGUUUGGUGGUAAAGGUCUUGAACGACUAGAUCUCGAGCGCGACGCUACCAAAGCUCGUGAAAGAAAGACCUUCAAGACAGGUGAUGAAGGGGACGAGCAAGAAGAGAAAGAAGACAGCAAAGACGUCAAAGUUGGCGACGACAUCUUUGCCAAAGCAGCUUCCAGUAUCAAGCCCCUCGAUGCACCCGCCUCAAGCAGCAUCCCUGGCGUCCCGAAGGGUAUCGAUCUCGAUGGGAAGAUUAUCGUGCACAGGACGGAGCGUAGCGAGCCUGCUGACACUGGCCCGAAGAAUCAAAUGGAUCGAGUCGCUGCCGCUGUGGCUGGUAUCAAUCAGAAACUUUCCAAAGCCGGAGUCAUGCGUUCUGGUGUGCCUAUUGACAACAAGGGUCCGGAUGCUGGUGCUUUCCAUGCUACUUUGGAAAUCAACGACUUUCCUCAGCGAGCUCGAUGGGCUGUCACAAAUCGGACGAAUGUUGCAAAGAUUCUCGAGUCGACUGGCACGUCAAUCACGACAAAGGGUUCUUUCUAUGCCACCGGCAAGGAGCCUGGACCGGGCGAGAAUGCGAAGCUGUAUAUCCUGGUCGAAGGCGAUACAGAAGUUGUGGUGCACGACGCCAUGAGAGAGUUGAUGCGCCUGUUGAAAGAGGGAACAAUGAGUGCUGCGGAUACAUCAGAAAGGACUGGCGGACGUUAUUCCGUGGUUUGAGACAACAUAGUCCCCGCGCACGGAGUAGAAAUUGAUCCCUGCCGAAAGUGGUGCAAGGAUUCAUUUCCCACUGUUUCGUCUGCAUCAUCUUCCUCUCCCUUGUACAUGCCACCAGCCUAAUGCUGCUUACUGCAGCACAAAAGCCGUGCUACCCUUGAGUUACAUAGGCAUAGAAGACGUCAGCUACUUGAGGAGCCGCUCAAGCUCCCUUGAAAAAUGACCUUCUGAUGUGGAGAGACCUAUGUAGUAACAAGAAAC